GUUUCAAUCAUGGCUUCACCCAAUUUUUUCAACAAUUUUAUUUUUCAAGGUGAAUUUUAUUCUACAAUUUAGAAACCAAUUCAACAAAACCAAAAUUGCAGUUGAUUGAAUUUUAUCAAUUUCAAUAAUUAACAAGAACAAAGAAGCAUAGGACAUAAAGCAGAAGAGAGACAUGAAAAUUAAAGGAAUUUGAGAAAGAAUUGAAGAAAUUUGAGCAAAGGCUUUGAGCCAUAGAAAUGAAGUUAAUUAAGAGAGAGACUUUGAAUUACAGUGGAAAUGUGAUUUAUUAUCACUGCUUUCUGACCAGUAACAAAGUAAGGGUUUGGUUAACCUUAGGAAAGAGAAUCUGUUACUCAAAAGCUAUAACAAACACUUAGUAACGGAUUCACUUAAGUGUUACCGUUUCUUUGAGCCAAAUUUCCAAUACCAAACGACCCCUUAGAAGUAUCUUUUAUUUUCUUUACGUGUCGAAAACAAAAAAAAAAAAAAAAAAAAAGAGUACGGCAAAUGGCGUGGCAUCUAUCAGCCAAUCAGAUACAACUAAACACGUAAAAUUAACGAGUUUACCAAACUGACAUUUCAUUUUAUUUUAUUUUAUUUUUAUUUUACAAAAACCAGAAAAUCGUCCGCCAUCUUCAAUUCUUCGCUAUAUACUCUCCCUCUUAACACUCACACUGAGCAGUUAGACACAUUCAACAAUGGUGAACCAACAACAACAAUGGCGAAUCCUAAUCAAUUUAACAGCCUUAAUUCUAUUGAUAUCAGCUAUCCAAUUUGCAGAGUGUUUAAAAAAACCAGAGGCAUCUGCAAGAAAAGAAGACAUUCCAUAUAUCAAGUGUCAAGUUUGUGAAAAACUUGCUUCACAAAUCCAUUCUCAGGUUCUCAAUAAAGAAAAUCAGAUCUCACCUAAAAAGAUCACUGAGUAUCAGAUUAUUGAGAUUGUUGAGAAUAUAUGCAAUUUAAAGAAGGAAGAAGCGGAUUGGAUUUUGAAAAUUGAUAUUGUUGAGCAGGGAGAUAAGUUAGAGCUUGUUGAUCAAGAUGUUGAAGGGCUAUGCAACUCAGAAUGCAAGACAAUUGAGCGAGCAUGUCAAGAGGUUGUCGGAUUUUCUGACACUGAUAUUGCUGAAUAUAUUUAUGCUCGAAGACCUCAGGUUGAUUCAUUAGUAAAUUAUCUGUGCAAGGACCUCACUAAAGCAUGCAGUAAGAAACCACCAGCAGUACCAAAGGAUAGGGUUCCCGGGGAACAAUUUGUUCCAAAACCCGCAAAAGAAGCCGAAAUGGAAAAAAUUAUGAGAUCCAUGGAGGGUCUCCCAGGAGCACCUGGAAUGAAAAUGUAUUCUAGGGAAGAAUUAAUGAACAACAUGCAAAACUUGGAUGGUGAGGAUGUUGAUGAGGACGAUGAUUCGGAUGAUGAUGAUGAGACCAAAUUCCGUUCAAAUUUGGGAAAAGCUUUCAGGGAGAAUGCAAAGAAAAAAGUCGACUGGAAGGAGAAAGUAAUGAAACACAUAACCGAUACCAGCAAGACUAUUAAGAAACAUGCAAACAGAGUAUCUCACCGGCUUAGAAAAUGGUGGCAAAAAGGUUCUGGGUUGUCUAAGAAGAAAUCGACUGUCAACAAGGCCGAACUUUAAGAUUUUGCGGGGAAUCGAGUUAGAACAGUUCCCUUUGCUAUGAAUGUUAUAUCAUGCUUUUCAUCCCUUACGCGUUGUAUUUUUUAGAGAACAUUUAAUGAACGAAUACUAGUAACGAGCGAAUUUUGUAGAAUUCACUUUCUGAGGAGCGAGAAUCGAAAAUUGUUGGAACAAAAAUUUUAUAAAUGAGUGAAUAGGCAAGUUUAAUUUUUGUACUAUUAUUGACAUACUUGAAAUAUAAAAAUAUGUUCUGAAUUAAGUAGAGGUGAGUUGAAUUUGCAUCAUUAGUUGGUGAUGAUUGCAGCUUAGUGAUAAUCUCUAGCUUAUGAAUGUUGGAACAUGUAAAGAAAUAUUGUGGCACUACUAUGUAAUCACACAAUAUUCUUUAAAUAACUGAAGUCAAAUAUUAGUUUAUGUUGGUGUA